AUGGAUUUACAACCUGCAGAUAUUUCAGACCAAAAUACACGUCCACUUGCAUCAUAUAAUCCAGCUGGGCAUCCAUCUCGGGAUUUGGAAAGUCGUCGUAUCUCCUCCGAAGGCCCAUUGUCAGCAAAGCGCGAAUGCCGAGAUCAAGUACCGCGCAAGACAAUAGCAAUAUAUAUCGCUGUCGUCCUUGUGGGAUCGUUCGGUGUGGGGAUUGCUACCUGUUUGGUAGGCUUCCAGUUGGGGUUUCGACUUGGCGAGCAGUUGGCGAUUCUGCGCGACAUGGGCCAAUGA